AUGUAAAACAACUAUAACAAAUCAACUUCGAAAUAAAUGUAGAGUUUUAAAAUAUAAAAAAGACUUUAUUAAUCUCCAAAAAGAAAAUAAAAGAAUAAAAAAAACUUUACUUAAACUCCAUUUAAAAACAAGAACAUUAAAUAAUUUGGUUAAAGCACAAAAUAAGAUUAUAGAUAGACUGAAUCGAAAAAUUAUAAAUUUACAAGACAUUAUCAAAAACCAAUCACUUGAAAGCAAAAACAAAGAUGUUAUAAUAGAAAGUUUGUAUGCUGAGAAAGAUAAAACUACAAAAUAAUUAAAGACUAAUAUUGUAACAAAGUGCAAUAAAAAACAAUAUAACUGUAACAUGAGAGCUGUUAUUUACAGGUGUCUUGAAAGUAAUGUUUCUGUUGAUAGUGUUUCUAAAGUAAUACAAUUGUGUAUAUCACUUCUUACAAAUUAUUCUAUAACUGAUAUACCAACACCGUCAACAAUUUCUCAGAUUGGUUGUGAAUUGGGGAUAUUAGCUACUCUACAAGUUGCAGAAACUAUUUUACACAGUGAAGAUUUUACACUGGCAUUUGACGCAACGAGCUUAAAUGGUGUACAUUUUAAUGAGAUUCACAUUGCAACUGUGGAGACAAUUUUAACAGUCAGUGUAGCAGAGGUUCCUGGUGGUCGUGCUGAUGAUUAUGUCCAGCAUAUUCUUGAAUCAUUUAAUGAUGUUGCAACAACAUAUGCAACUUUUAACUGUAUUGAUUCUACAGAAAUUAAAAAAAAAUAUUCAGCUUUCUCUUAUGCACUUUAACAGACAGAGUUUCUGCCAACCACUUAACAGUGAUUAAACUUAACUCUAUUUUUGAAAAACAUUUGCUUGAGCUGCACUGUCAUCUCCAUCCACUUGAAGGAAUUGCUAAUGUAGCUUGUAAUGUUCUUAAAAAGUUUAAUUUAUCUAUUCCAAGUACCACAUUUGGCUCUGACUGUCGAGCUGCAAUUCUAUUAUACAGUAUUUCAAAAUUAAGGUAUAAACAAAAAGGUGAUCCAUCAGGUUUCAAAACUUUUCUUAAGGACCAUGGGUUGUCAUAUGGUAUUUUUCCUCGGUACAUUGGCAAUAGAUUACAUAUUAUUUUUCAUUUAGCUGGUGUAGUUUAUGAAUACAAGAAUUUAUUGAUAGAGUACUUAGAGAAGUAUUGUAACAAUCAAACAUCUCUUAAAGUAUCUAUUUUAAAUGACUUAAAAAAUCGCAAGCGCUUGCAAUUCUUAUUCAAUUGCAAGCGCUUGGUCUUUGGGGAAAGUUUCUGACUGGCCCAUGGAUGGUAAUUUUUUACUCAAAAGAUACAAAAAGAAAUCAUUUUGAUAUGGUUGCCUAUCUUAAAAAAGCAACUGAUUUCAUAAAACUUGUUGAUGUCAAUCCAAAACUUCUUUUCAUAACUUCAACUGAUGCAUUUAAUCAUCCCUUAUUGAAAGAUGACACUCUAAAAUCACUUCAAAUUACUGAAGAUGUUUCAAUAGAAAACCUUUUUUCUAUAGUAACUCUUCUAGGUAAGUCAUUCUUAUCAGUUAUGUGCCACCAAUUGUCACGUUAUUUUAUUGGACCUCUGCUGAAAUGAAACAACAGGCUGCAAGUGCCCUACUACACAAUAUAUGGGCAGAGAGGACCCUUGGGAAGGUUGAUUCACUAAUUAAAAGAGCGCCUAAUGCAGACAUAACAUUUAUUGAUAGUGUUACAAAAGCUAAAGCUAAUUACUCUGUGGAUUGGUUUUUAAAAAAAGAUAGUCAUAUGAGAGAAAAAAUAGUUACAUUUUGCAUUAAGCAAGGAGCAAAAUAUAAACAAACUGGAAAAGAAAGAAGAUUAAGAAAUGAAAAAAUCAUGAUUGAUCGAUUAAAAGAAAAAGCUCAAAAGAGAGAUAUGAAAGUAAGAAACAAACUUUCUAAAGCUAUUAAAGUUGGUUUAAGCAAUGGUUUAACAGCUGAUAGUGAACUGUUUAAUACUUUAACUGGUUUUCAAAGGGAAAAACUUGAAAAACUACUUGACAAUAAUUUAACACAAUUGGAAAACUCUUAUUUAUAUCACGUUUGGAAUGUUAACAAUAGCAAUGUUUUGUUCAUGGGAAAAAUUAUAAAAGUUAAGAAUAUUAAAUCUGGUAUAGCUAAUACAAAAACAUUAAUUAUUGCAUAUUGGAAAAACAACGAAAAAGAAGAGGAUGCAGAAGAUUAUAAAGUAAAUUUAGAUGUUGUUUUGACUGAUAUGAUUUAUGGAGAUUUGAUAUUUUGUGAAAGUUGAUAAAGAUUUUUGUUAUUUAUUUUAAGUAUAUUUUGUAUAAUUGUAUAUUUAUUUUUAUGUAUAUUUUAUUUA